CGACAGUCCGCCACCGUCUCUCGCUCCCGUUCACUCCUGUCAAUGUGUGUUUCUUGUGCUGCUCUUCUUCGCCGUUCUAUGCGCCGCUAUUCUGUCAAACGAAACUCACUGCCCCUCUCGCUCUUCAUUAUUCCAGCGUCCAAGCGGCAUGCCUCAUGUCGUGCCUCGUGUUCUCGCCUGAUAAUCGCAAAAAGCUCGAGGUUCGAGCUCUCCGAGCACCUCCCCGGAAAAGCUGAAAGGGAAGUCGAUGCCUGCACGUGUAAGAUGCCACCUGUGCAGUACUUGCGCCAUGGAACUAUUCUUUCGCGGAGACCUUUUGCGGAGCUCUCUUACGCAAGUUGAUAACCAAAACCUUACCGACGUUCUCCCAGUCUCUCCUCGGCUAUUAGCAAAGCGCCGCGAUCUUUGCGAGGCACCGGAGAUGAUUGGCGACUUCCCCGCCGUCUCUGCAAAUUGAAAUGUUUUCCCCCAAUUGAAAAUCUGGCGAUGCGGAUCGUGCUGUGUCCUGCUGUGUCCACGUACGUGCGGGCGUGUAUCUUCGGUCCGGUCAUAUUCAUGGUUUGGAUCAUGUACAUAAGCGCCUCGUGUUGUCAGGGAAAAUCAGUCCGGUCUCCGCAGCUUGUACAUAAUAAACUGGACUACCCAACAAGGAUUCCAAUGACAGCUCGAUCCAGUGUGCUGUGUAUGGUGCACAUGACCUAGUCAUUACC